AUGCUUCAAUUCUCCACUCCCGUCAUUCCUUUUUAUGAAUCUGAAGGUCCUCCCCAGGCCCUACCAUUAUUGACAUAUCACACGGAGAUGUUUUGUGCUACAUUAUCACACAUCUUGAUUUCUCCACAGGAAGAGAUGGUAUUCUCUACUCUUCCACUCAGGGGACGCACCUUUACUCCUUCCCGCGUCUUCAUGACCACAUCUCGUGGAACAUUACCCAUCACUUCUCGUGCACCUACCCCCAAAGUUGUUAAAUCAGUUUCUUUCGGGCCAGAGAACGGCGAGUCUGAGAAGGUGUCGACAUAUUCCUCCUUAUCCUCUCUAAGUUCCAAGGACUCUAAAAUCCUCAAACUGGAGGGUGAGGCUGGGUGUCCUGGCUGGGGCGGGUACAAAUUGGAAAAGGCGCUCAAAUGGGAUGUUAACCGCUUCAAGUCUCUCAAGGAGUGCGUUCACUGGUCAAUCAAGAGGUACUGUGACGUUGACACGAGCAAGAAACUUCAAACCCCUGUUGCGUUGCAUGAGGUUCACAAAGAGGCUCUGACCCAAUUUCCAGAAUUAGCUGACUAUCAUGGGUGUUGGCCAGUAGGAGACAUAAUUCAGAUGCAACUGAAAAACACUUCUGCGAAGGCACGACAAAAGAAUUCUCAUAAAUAA